AUGGAUUCACCACCCAAGAGAAUGACACGGGCCAGAGCCGCCGCCAAGGCAACAGAGCCCUCCGUGAAAACUACAAAGAUUGUCACAGCUGCUGCACGGGCAAGGAGCACUGCGACAGCGGGCACCAAGAGCACAGCUGCCAAGAGAAAGACCAGAGCGGACGAGAAUGAUGACGAUGAGGAGCAGCAACGCGAAUUUGCUGUCGUUAGGAGAACGCGUGGUCGACCAAGAAAAGCUGGGGAGGUCGAAGAACACGACGCUGAACCUGAGGCGCCUGCAAGGCCUAGGGGUCGUAUAAUAAAGAAGACUGCUACUGAAGCUCCCAAGUUGACUACCACCACCAAUACCACUGUCCCUGCCAAACCUACCCGAGGAAGGCCAAGAAAAGCAGUUGUUAUUGAGGCGCCUGCUCCAGCACCAGUCAAGAAGACUACCACGAUACGCACCCGCACUACAACAUCAACGACAACCACAAAGCCAACCACAAAGCCAACAACACUGGCUAAGCCUGCUCUGAAAAAGUCCGUCAAGUUUCAAGAACCCGAUAAGGAGAAUAUUGAGCCUGCCGCCGAGGCCAAGGAACCUGCCCGACCUGGAAUUAGAGGUCGGCCGGCCAAGCGUGGAGGAGCAGCUGGAAGUCGAACAACCAGAGCGGCGGUAAGAUCCGCUGAGUCGACAGAGAAUAAACCAUUGAGUCCUAAGAAGAUUACCCAGAUACCUGUCUCAAAGGACGACGAAUCCGAGGAUGAACUCGCUGGUGAUAUGCCGCCUGCCAAACCCAUGAUGAAGAGCCCGAUCAAGCCCCCUACCAACAUGGUCAAGCCUCAACCAGAACAAACCGAAGAACCCACCGAGUCAAUAAGCGCUUCUGAAAGCAUCAGCAACCCUCCGAGCCUCGGCGCACAUGCAUUGAGAUCUCCUGCCAAGAGGCAACCUGCUUCACCCGACAAGGACACAUUGAGAUCACCAGCUCGCCGUAUUGGUCACAUUGCUCUCCCUGGAUCGACUAUGAAAAAGACCCAGGAAGGCGACACCCAGGCUGAAGAUGUGUUUUCUUUCGGGAACUCCCUACUUCAGUCUGCGGCUAAGCGACCCCAGUCACCCAUCAAGGGUUUUAACUUUGAAGUUUCCCUACAGCCUCAACAAUCCCAGUCAGCAAUGAAGGCUUCUCUUCUCCUUUCGCCACCUAAGCGGGCCAUGCCUGGACUGAAGCCCGUCACGGAACCUCGACCCCGAGACGUUGGUGCUUUUGGUGAACCACUAAUCAUGAAACCUCUGGUUCUGGGUACCCCUUCUCGUGCUCCCUCCACCCGACCUUCUGAUAAGCUCAUGUCGGAGGAGCAAGCCGAGUUGGAUCUUGACACAGUUGAGGAAGACGUCUUCAACCAACCUUUGGAAAACUUGGAGUUCCCCGGUCGUCUAUCUGCUGUCCUUCCCCGCUAUGCCGACCCCGCCUGGAAGAAGGAUAUGGGUAUUGUCGAUGAACCCCAAGACGAGAUGGAUGCCGUGGAUGAGCCAGAGACCGUCGAGGAUAUUCAGGAGGAGGCUGUUGCUGAACCCGAACCAAUUGCAGAGGCGGCUGAUCUUACCGAAGAUGAGGAGGACAGCAUGGUCGUCGAUGAGGAUGUUGUCGAGGCGGACAUCGGUCUUGAAGGGAUUGAAACUAAGAACCAAAUCCCCACCCAGUCGCCCAUGCAGGAACAGAAUCCUAUGUACCAGCUUCGAGAAAAAGAUCUGGAGCCCCAGGAUACGGAUUCUGAAUCAGAUGACGAGGACUCUGCACCCACCAACGCAGUACCUGUCACCCCAACACCAUUUGGUCGCAAGACGCCGAAACCCUCCCGAGCCUCUAUUGGCGGAUUCAGCGCUCUUGCUGAUCGCUUAGGUUCUUGGAAGGCUAGCACUCCAGUCAAGAUGGCACCUUUGACUUCUGGAGAGAAGAAGGCUGGCGUACUUUCCGGACGCGUUGCGACUCCCAAGUCUAAUGAUUCGCCAGCUUCGACUCACUUCUUCGAUGAUGAAAUGACUGUUCGAGCAGGCAUGGAAGAUUUACAAACGGAUGACAUUGCAGAGAUUAUGGAUCCCGAUUUUGAUGACAUGGAUGUUACCGAGGAAGACGUUGAACUGGCCCAGGAGGCCAACGAGAUGUCCUUGAUGGAGUCUGAUGUCCUGGAGGAGGUUGUUAAUACCGAUGCGUUUGACGACACCCUUUCUGAAGCUAGCCAGGAAUACGGCGACGAAAACGAGAUGCCCUCCUCAAUGGUCCCCACCACCCCUGUUCGCCCUGUCAUGAAGACUUUCAACACUACUACCAAGGUGCCUUUGAAGCCUGCGGACGACUCCUCGCCUACCCCUCUCAAGAAGCGUAGCUUCAGCGCUUCGCGAGUCGCUCCCAAGCGCCCCUCUGGACCAACAAGCAGCGGUGUUGCGAUCCCAUAUUCUUCCAAAGGAAGGAAGAGCAUGCCGGCUACCAUUCCUGAGAGUCCCUCCGCCCCCUCCACCCCUGUUGCAGCCACUCCCUCAAAGUCAGACCUCUGGUCUUCACUGGGAACACCUGCGCGAACACCCCGUCGCGAUCUGAAUCCCGCCAUCCUUCGUGGUGCCGUCGUCUUUGUUGAUGUAUAUACCAGCGAAGGAGCUGAUGCUAGCAGCAUCUUUGUGGACCUGCUCACUCAGAUGGGCGCUAGGUGCAUGAAGUCAUGGAGCUGGAACCCUAACGGUUCUGAAAACGAUAUGACUUCAAGCAAGGUUGGAAUCACACAUGUUGUAUUCAAGGAUGGCAGCAAACGCACACUGGAGAAGGUCCGUGAAAGCAACGGAGUCGUCCAGUGUGUUGGAGUUAGUUGGGUGCUUGAUUGCGAGCGUUUGAACGAUUGGGUUGAGGAAAGCCCCUACAAGAUUGACACGAGCAACGUCCCCCGUGGUGGAGCUCGUCGUCGCAAGAGUAUGGAGCCUAAGGCUCUUGCCAACAUGAAUGGCACUCUCGUCACCAGCCCUACUAAGGGAGGCUCUCGUACUACUCCUUCUACUCCUAACAACCGUCGCCAGAGUACACAAUGGAUGUACACUCCCUCAGAGCAAGACGAAGAUGAGGAUAUGGAGGAUUUUGAGUGGUCUGAAGCUAUUCUCACUCCUGUCCCCAAGACACCUGCUCCGGAGGCAAUUGCACGAUACGCUGCAAAUCUCGACCUUGAGUCAGCUUCCGCUGACGACGAUGACGAUGACGACCUGGACGAGUCACCCACAAAGGAUGCUCUCCUGAUGCGAACGUGCCCCCCGAAGAAGUCGAUCCGUGAGAUGGGCGCUGGUCUCCUCAGCCAGACCAAGGAUGAUGGUGUGCUCAUGCGGCUCAUGGCUGCACGACGCAAGAGUCUGCAGUUUGCCCCAAAGAUCGGAAGUCCUUUAGCGAGAACCUGGAAGUGA